AUCGGCGAGUGUCAUAAAUAGUAAACAGUCCAAUGUGAUUUAUAAAAAGUGAGGUUAUUUCUCCGAAAAUUACUAAAUUAAUCAUAAAAAGUAAUUUAAAUCAUGUUAAAACCACUUUUGAACGUUCUAAACAAAUCGAGCAUCGAUUAUUUAUUUCCACGAGGACGUUUAAAAUCGAAUUAUCGUUUUUUAAGCAAAAAUUUAAAACCUAACCUCAAAUCUGCGACAAAUCUUUCCACGACCAAAGUCGCUUCGAUAGCGAAAUUCGUCGAAAAUUCGUUUGCUUACAGCGUUUUAGAACCUCUACCGAUUGUAUCAACGUUGAAACAAAUCUCGAUUAAUAAUAAUAAUAAUAAAAAAGUGAAAACUGAAGAAGAUUUUGAGCGAUUUUUGAAUAAAGAUUGGAGGAAAUGUGGUGUUAAAGAGAUCGUGGAUGGGUUUAAUGCGGUUCUUCCGUUUUGUGUGGAGAAUAACGUUAAUAUUACGAAUAAAAACUUUGAUUUUUUAGUUGAUGGGUUGUUGGAUAACGUUGAGAAUUUAUCAACUGAUGAUAUAAUAAGUGUUUUAAAGUUUUUAACAGAGUCCCCUUUACCUGGGGGUUUAAAUAUGCAUAAUUACCACGAUGUUUGGAGCGCUAUGGACGACGUUUGUUGUUGGAGGUUAAAAUCGUUUGAUUUACAAACGAGUUUUUAUGUGGCGAAUUUGUGGUUUAAGAUGGGUUUGGGAAGAAUUUGCGAUUUUAUUUAUGAAUUAUUAGAGAAGUACAGCAAAAAACCGGCGCGUUUAACUAAAUCGGAGUUGGUUUAUAUCUUUUUUUAUUUCAAUAUUUGUCGAAAACGCACCAUGGAUUUCUCUUAUGAAGAUGCGAUCGAAAAAAAAAUCUCUUUAAUGUCGCCUGAUGAAAUUGGAAUAGUCGCCUUGGGUUUUUUUAAGACUAAAACAAUGAUUAAAAGUGCUGAUACAUUAAAUGUGAUGAUCGAUUGUGCUAUAAACAAUUCGAAGAGUAUUCAUGAGAUUACUUUGGCUGCUAUUGUUAAAACAAUUCGAUUAUCUCAUCACCCCUUAACGGCGACUAAAACAGCGGAGCUCCUCCAAGUGAUCACACCGGAAAUCGAAAGAUUAUCGCACAUUUGCUGCAUGCAUUUGGCCCUUUUAGGAACCGGUUUGCAAAUAUUCAACAAAACCGCGUUAACGAAAAUUUGCGAAAAACUCUCGAAAAGCAUCCACGACAAAGAAACGAUUCGAAUAAAAGACAUCGAGCGCCUCCUCCUCACAUUAACAAUGUUCGAUUUUAAACCGAAAGUUUCCACGACGAACGACAUUUACGACCUCCUUCUCCGGGAAUUCUACAACCCAGCUCGACAAGGUGAAAUCGAAAGUCACCCAAAAUGCCUUCCGUGUUCCCUCCUGUUUUUGGCAAUCCGAAAUAUUUACCCCGAAGAUCUAAUAGAUGGCGUUUUAAACCCGGAUUUUUUAAAGAAAACUUACGGGAAACAAUUUUUGGAUAUUCCGAGGGAAUUAUACUCUUUAGAUAUGUGUUUAGAGAUUGAAAGGCCGAAUUAUAAAGGAAAUCGGAUACCUAAAGACAAGCGGAGGAGAUGCGCGAAAGUUUUUAUUGAACGAUUACCUAAAAAAGAGAAAAAAAGCAUGAAUGCAGCCGAUCGAUUAAUCCACGACGUGUUAGAUUCUUGCUUAAAAGUAACGGGAGAUUCGAAUAAAGUGUUUUUGGGGCAUAUCAUACCGCAAUAUGUCAAAGCUGAUAUUGUCUUGUGUUACGACGAAUUAAACAAGGAAUUUAUAACCCCAAAUUUUACUCAGUAUGAAAUUGGUGAUAUUGUGAGACCUCCAAAUAAGAAAAAUUUGAGGUGGAUUGUAGUUGUGCCAGUUUCUGUUAAUACGACGAUUAGAUAUUUAUUAAAACCGGUGGGAUUCAUGAAUUUAAAACGACGACAAUUAAAAUUGUUGGGUUACGACGUCGUUAUGGUUCCUUAUCACGAGUAUAUUCCGUUAGAUGAAGAUGAUAAAGUUGAAUAUAUUUCUAGUUUAAUACAAAGAGUUCUUUAAAUAAAUAAAUUUUUAUAAACAAUUAAUUAGAAAUGUCAAA